AUGGCACAAGCCAGUAUUUCAGAGUUUCAUGAACAGUUCAUGUGUCCAGUCUGUCUGGAUCUCCUCAAGGAUCCUGUGACUAUUCCCUGUGGACACAGUUACUGUAUGGGCUGUAUUAAGGGCUGCUGGGAUCAGGAUGAUCAGAAAGGAGUCUACAGCUGCACCCAGUGCAGACAGACUUUUAGUCCACAAGCUGUUGUAUACAGGAGAGACAAGUUGGUUGAAGUGGUGGAGAAACUGAAGAAGACGAGACUCCAAGCUGCUGCUCCUCCUGCUCACUGUUAUGCUGGACCUGGAGAUGUGGAGUGUGGUGUUUGUACUGGGAGAAAACUCAAAGCCAUCAAGUCCUGUCUGGUGUGUCUAGAUUCCUACUGUCAAACUCACUUUGGCCGUCAUGAAGAGCUUCACUCAGGAAAGAGACACAAUGUGAUUGAUGCCACUGGACAACUACAGGAGAAGAUCUGCUCUCUUCAUGAGAAGCUGUUAGAAGUUUUCUGUCGUACUGACCAACAGUGUGUGUGUCUGCUGUGUGUUAUGGACGAUCAUCGUGGACAUGACACAGUGUCUGCAGAGGAGGAAAGAACAAGGAAAACGAAGCACAUAUUAACAACUCAGAGGAAAACCCAGCAGAGAAUCCAGGAGAGAGAGAAGGAGGUGCAGGAGCUGAGACAGGCUGUGGAAUCUAUCAAGCGCACUGCACAGGCAGCAGUGGAGGACAGUGAGAGGAUCUUUACUGAGCUGAUCCGCUCCAUUGAGAGAAGGUGCCGUGAAGUGACAGAGCUGAUCAGAGAUCAGGAGAAGAGUGAAUUGAGUCAGGCUGAAGGAGUCCUGGAGCAACUGGAGCAGGAGAUUUCUGAUCUGAGGAGGAGAAAAACUGAGCUGGAGCAGCUUUCACACACAGAGGAUCACAUCCAUUUCCUCCAGCAUUUUCCAUCUCUCUGUUCCCCUCCUGGAUCUGAAGUCUUACCCAGCAUCACUGUCAGUCCACACCUCUCUUUUGAGGAUGUAGGAAAAUCUGUCUCUCAGCUGAAAGAGCGACUGGAGGAUUAUUGUAACAAGAUGUUUAGAAGACUUUCCAAGAAAGUGACAAACAUCAAGAUCAUACCUCGUCCUGAACCCAAAACCCGGGAAGAGUUCUUACAAUAUUCCUGUGAUCUCACACUGGAUCCCAACACAGCACAUCAAAACCUCUGUCUGUCUGAGGGGAACAGAGUGGUGACGUGGAGUGACACAGAAGAGGCCUAUCCUGACCAUCCAGAGAGAUUUGACUGGUAUCUUCAGGUGUUGUGUAGAGAGAGUGUGACUGCGCGCUGUUACUGGGAGGUUGAGUGGAGUGGGAAGAAAGGGGUUCAUAUUGCAGUGUCAUAUAAAGACAUCAGGAGGAAAGGCGAAGGGAAUGAGUGUUGGUUUGGACGUAAUGAUCAGUCCUGGAGUUUGUACUGCUCUUCCCUGCGUUUCGCAUUCAGACACAAUAAUGAAGAGACUAAACUCCCCAUAGUUCCCAGUUCCUCCAGAAUAGGAGUGUAUGUGGACCACAGGGCAGGAACUCUGUCCUUCUACAGCGUCUCUGACACAAUGACCCUCCUCCACAGAGUCCACACCACAUUCACUCAGCCCCUCUAUCCCGGGUUUUGGGUUGGAUCAAAAGUGAGGUUAUGCAACCAUACAAAAUUAAUAAAAGCAAAAUGGUCAACUUUUAGUGAUGAUGUCAAAUAA